AUGUCUCAAAUCAAAUCAUUAUCAGAUGAUUUAGUUUCCUCGUGUUCCAUUAAUGAUAAUAAUAUUAGUCCAGAUCUUCAUGACGAGUAUACCAAAAUUUUGAAUGAUAUACAACAUCAAUUGUUUUUCGAUGAAAAAUUAAAGUAUCACCAUUUAGAGUACAUUCUCGAACGUCGACAUACCAUCGAAAAUGGUUUUAUACAAAUGUUAAUUGACAGAAUCAAUCAAUCAAAUCUAGAUUUAUCUACUCGUGAACGUUUAAUUACUAAAAUCAAUCAAUUAGGUACCAAUAUUGAAUAUGUUGACAGCAGCACCAAUACAAAAAUUUCAUUUAAUGCCAACAAUGAUUCUGAUGAAGAAACAAAUAAUGAUUAUGAACCCGAUUAUACUGAUACCGAGUACGACUAUUGUGACGACUUGGAAAAUGAAUUACUUGAUCAAAUAGAAUUCGAACAAGAUUAUAACACAUAUUGA